AUGGCUCUCCGCCGCCCGUUUACCCUGCCCCGGCAAUUGCUGCGACCGGCUUCUCGCACCCUGUUCGGAUACAAGCAAGAACAAAGAUGUGGGCUGGCAACAACAGUGCCUCCGGUUACCCAGGAUGCAACAGGCUCUAAGGGCCCUACAGCCAUGGUCUUCCUGAACAUGGGAGGGCCCUCGACGACAGACGAAGUAGAGGAUUUCCUCAGCCGGCUCUUUGCCGACGGCGAUUUGAUUCCUCUUGGCAAGUUCCAGCAUUACCUCGGGCCUCUUAUUUCGAAACGACGCACACCCAAGAUUCAAAAGCAGUAUGCGGACAUCGGCGGAGGCUCACCCAUAAGAAAAUGGUCGGAAUACCAAUGCAAGGAAAUGUGCAAGCUGCUGGACAAGAUCAACCCGGAGACUGCGCCUCACAAGCCGUACGUUGCCUUCCGUUACGCCAACCCGCUGACGGAACAAAUGUACACACAAUUGCUGGAAGAUGGCUUUGGCAAUGGGAAGGGCGGUCGUGCGGUCGCGUUCUCACAAUACCCCCAGUAUUCCUGUUCUACUACGGGUAGCUCUCUGAAUGAGCUGUGGAAAUGGAGGAAUCGGCUGGAGGGCAAGCGAGCAAACGGAAACGUGGACACUUCCGGAGCUAUCCAGUGGAGCGUUAUCGACAGAUGGCCUACGCACCCUGGCCUUGUGGAGGCGUUUGCGAGAAACAUUGAGGAUCAACUCAAAACCUAUCCGGAAGAUAAGAGAAAUGGAGUGGUUCUCUUGUUCUCGGCCCACAGUUUGCCCAUGAGUGUUGUGAACAGAGGUGAUCCAUACCCGGCCGAGGUUGCGGCAACAGUGCAUGCGGUGAUGCAAAGGCUCAAUUUUAGCAACCCUUACCGCCUCUGCUGGCAGUCUCAGGUCGGACCAAGGGCUUGGCUGGGAGCGCAGACAAGCGAUACCGUCCAAGAGUACGUGAAGCGUGGACAGACCGACAUUGUCCUCGUACCGAUCGCCUUCACCAGCGACCACAUUGAGACCCUGUAUGAGCUGGAUCUCGAAGUCAUGGAAGAGGCGAAUUCCCCGGGUGUCAAGCGGGCCGAAAGUCUGAACGGCAGCCCCGUAUUCAUCCAGGCCCUUGCAGACCUUGCUCAAGAGCACUUGCGCAAGGGUGAGAAAUGCUCGCUCCAAAUGACGCUGCGUUGUCAAGGCUGCCGGAGUGAGAGGUGCUUGGAGCAAAAGAAGUUCUUCGCCGGUGAAGAGGGAGCAUCUUUGGUAGUAUAG